AUGGUCUUACCAUCGAUCUUCCGGUCACUCACGACUCCCGCAACAACAAAACCCAACUCGAUCGUCGGUAUUGGCGGCCAUCUCGGCGAACACAUCAUUUCCGGUAGCGGGGCUGGGACAAUGGCAAGCCUCUGUGAAGCAGCAGUAGUUGAAGUCGUUCCAAUGGUUGCGGUGGCUAGGGACCCUUACUCCGAAUUGGUCUCCAAUAGAUCUCUCAGACAGGAGGAUAGGGCAUGGCUGUUGGCUUCGGUGGUUCACAGUCUCAAUAGUGGCGGUGCAUUGCCAAAAAUGAAGAAGGAUAUGAAUGAUGGCGGUUGGAGCGAGGUGGGGUGA